AUGUCGAGUGCAAGGAAUGUUUCCGCCGUCCUGCGGAGGGCUCGACUGCCCAGACCGCGCUGUUUCGUCCAGCCCAUUGUCUCUCGUGCCCCAUCUCGCGUCGCCACCCGUACAUUUAGCGUCACCUCCACCGUGAAUGCGACCAAGGAGAUCAAGUACACCAGCAACGCCUACCCCAACCUCAAGCGGGACCCCAAGUUUGCAGAGAUCACUGCCGAUGAUGUCAAGUUUUUCCAGGAGCUGCUGGGUUCUCAGUCUGCCGUGAUCGACGGUGUGACGACCGAUGCCGCCGAUGACAUCGAGUCAUUCAACAGCGACUGGAUGCGCAAGUACCGGGGCCACACAAGGCUUGUGUUGAAGCCUCAGAACAAGGAAGAAGUCAGCAAGGUGUUGAAAUACUGCAAUGACAAGAAGUUGGCGGUGGUCCCUCAGGGCGGCAACACUGGAUUGGUGGGAGGUUCUGUGCCCGUGUUCGACGAGAUUGUCAUCAACAUGUCGCGGAUGAACCAGAUUCGCUCCUUCGACGAGGGCUCAGGAGUCCUGGUCGCUGAUGCGGGUGUGAUUCUGGAGGUGGCUGAUCAGUACCUGGCGGAGCGGGACCAUCUGUUCCCCCUGGAUUUGGGUGCCAAGGGUUCAUGCCAUAUUGGAGGAAACGCUGCUACGAAUGCCGGAGGUCUGCGUCUGCUUCGCUACGGAAGUCUUCAUGGCAAUAUCCUCGGUGUUGAGGCGGUGUUGGCGGAUGGAACCACCGUCAACUCACUUUCUACUCUGCGGAAGAAUAACACCGGCUACGACCUGAAGCAGCUGUUCAUUGGUGCCGAGGGUACGAUUGGUAUCAUCACUGGACUUUCUAUCCUGUGUCCUCCCCGGCCGAAGGCGGUUAACGUGGCUUACUUCGGUGUCGAGAGCUAUGAACAGGUGCGUCAGGCACACAAGGAGGCGAAGUCUCAUCUCUCUGAGAUUCUCUCCGCGUUCGAGCUCAUGGAUGGCCGCAGUCAGCAGCUUGUCCACCAGUCCACCGGCAACAAGUAUCCUUUGGAGGGCGAAUACCCCUUCUACUGUGUGGUUGAGACUAGCGGGUCGAACGGUGAGCAUGACAUGGCUAAGUUGGAAGCAUUCUUGGAACACAUCAUGGGCGAGGGCAUCGUUGCCGACGGUGUCUUGGCGCAGGAUGAAACCCAGUUCCACGGUAUCUGGCGCUGGAGAGAAGGUAUCACCGAGGCUCUGAGCCACCUGGGCGGUACUUACAAGUACGAUGUCUCGAUCCCUCUCCCCGAACUGUACCAGCUCGUCGAAGACUGCCGUGAGCGUCUGACCAAGCUUGGAUUUGUCGGCGAUGAUGACUCCUUCCCUGUCCGUGCUGUUGUUGGAUAUGGUCACAUGGGAGACUCGAACCUGCACUUGAACAUUUCUGUCCGGGAGUACAACAAGGAGGUCGAGAAGGCCAUUGAGCCCUGGGUGUACGAGUGGAUUCAGAAGCGCAAUGGUAGCAUCAGCGCCGAGCAUGGACUGGGCAUUGCCAAGAAGGAGUUCAUCGGUUACAGCCAAGACGAGACUAUGGUGAAGUUGAUGAAGCAGUUGAAGGAUUUCCAUUACCAAAUGAUGGAGGAGCUGGGGAGUGGCAGUUUUGGAACCGUGUACAAGGCAAUUGAAAAGUCGACUGGAGAGAUCGUUGCAGUCAAACACAUUGACCUUGAAUCAAGCGAAGAUGAUAUCCAGGAAAUCCAGCAAGAGAUUUCCGUCCUGGCGACGUGCGCGAGCCCCUACGUGACGCAAUACAAAGCGAGUUUUCUCCGCGGGCAUAAGUUAUGGAUUGUAAUGGAAUACUUGGGUGGAGGGUCCUGUCUUGAUCUGAUACAUCGCGACAUUAAAGCUGCCAAUGUGCUCCUUUCACAUACGGGGAAAGUGAAAUUGGCGGAUUUCGGCGUGGCUGCACAGCUGAUCAAUAUUAAAUCGCAACGGAACACGUUCGUCGGGACCCCGUUUUGGAUGGCUCCUGAGGUGAUUCAGCAGGCGGGAUACGACUACAAGGCAGAUAUUUGGUCUUUGGGAAUCACGGCUAUCGAGAUGAUUAACGGGGAGCCUCCACACGCCAGCACGCAUCCGAUGAAAGUACUCUUCCUGAUUCCCAAGGAGCCGGCUCCCCGACUGGAAGGCAGCGAAUACAGUAAUACUUUUAAGGACUUCAUUGCGCAGUGUUUGACGAAGGACCCGGACCGUCGACCGAGCGCGAAAGACCUUUUACGACAUAAGUUUAUUCGGAAUGCAGGGAAGACCGAGGCGUUGCAAGAGCUUAUUCAUCGAAAGCAGGAUUUUGAUGCUGGUAGGGGAGUGGCGCGGAAUGUUAAGUACUAUGCCGAGUCGCUCAAUACCAUCACGCACUUGAAGGACGACGACGGCUGGGUGUUCGACACCGUUAAAGCACCCACUAUGAAGAUCCCCGAAGACCCGUACGAGGAAGAGAACGAUUUGGACGCUCAAGAUUUCCUCUAUGAUGAAACAUCAGAGAUGAUGGACACCCUACACAUCUCUAGCCCGCCGCCUCCCCCCAAGCACGCUCCCAACAGCGCGGUGAAUACCGCCGUGAGACGAACCCCCGCCCCUGCCCCCGCCCCCGCCCCCGAGCACAGCCCUACCACGCGACGGAGCUAUAAAAAGCGACGAUCCAGUGGAAUUAAGCAACCCCUGGGCGUGGACCUGACCUUUGGCAAUAGUCCAUCUACGGUCCGGCAGUUCCGUCGCGUCUCGGAUAAGGUCCCGGCGGAGAAUUCGUAUAGCUCCCAGUACUCGUUUGGGCCAGAUGAGAACAGUAGCCCGAAAACAUUGUUUUCCGAACCAAACAGCAAGGAAGCGCAACUGGGGCGACGGGCCUACAGCAAAGCUGUCGGACUGGCCUGCCAGGAGGUUCUCGGGACCACGGGGGACCAGGAAAAGCGGGAGGCAAUUUCUCGCCUGGCAGAGGCCUGGAGUGACCUUGAAAUGGCGGAUCCCGAGGGACUAUACCACAUUCUCAAGAUCAUGAAUGAAAAGCUUCAAGGGUGAGUCGCGAGCAGGUCGUCCGCGUGAAGUACGGAACCAUUGUUAGCUAACGGAGCUUUGUGAAACAGUGAUCCAAAGCUGUCAGGUCUCGUCCCACCAGCUCCACCACCGGAAUCCCCACAGAGGCCACGACUAGUAUUGGCACAAAACAACCCGCACCUCAAAAGCCACCGACGGCGGCAGUCCACGGCGGUGACGGAGCCCAGUUUGCAACCGGCUCAACUCGCCAAUCUUCCGGGUCAGCAGGUUUCCGGGAUGGAACACACCAAACAGCUGUCGGACGUGCUCUACCAGCGAUGGUCCGAAGGGUUGCGCAGUCGCUGGCCCGGGAUCUAACAGCAUAU